AGUCCGGCCAGAGAUACCGCGACGGUGACAGCUAACCGUGCUCCUUCCGCGUCACAUCCCGUGUCAAUGAAAUUCCUGUUGGUUGUUAUCUAAUCUGAGUGAGGUCAGGGGGCCUUGGCGCCUUUCUAGUGUGCUAGGUUGUAGCAAGAGUGCUCUGUUACUUGUUACUGGUGGAGUUGGACUGGUUGUGGUUCUGUUUGGUGUGUCGGGGAUGAUCCCCUUGCCAAAGCCGUGGACACCCGUCAUUAUCUGGCUCUGGCUCACAUUGGCUCCGUGCGUGCGGGCGGCACAUUCUGCUAGAGAUGGUGGCACGUCAAGAUUUUGGUCAGAAUCGGCCAACAGGAAGCUGCCGGUGUAUCAGGUGCAGGCGGUGGCCGGAGACGCAGUGUUCCUGCCCUGCGACAUCUCCACCACCGACGAGCAGCCACCAGUGCACCACAAGGACACCGAGGAUGCCGUCCUACUUGUGCUCUGGUACCGCGAGGAUCUCGGAACCCCAAUUUACAGUGUGGACGCGCGCGAACGCGACUUCAAGCACGCGGAACGGUGGUCUGACGAGCACGUAUUCAGCAACCGCGCCUACUUCAUGCCGGAGCGGCAGCCGGCCGAGCUGGGCGUCGAUCACAUCCGCGAGACCGACGCCGGCGUCUAUCGGUGUCGCGUCGACUUCAAGAUCGCGCAGACCAGGAACUCAAAGGUCAACCUUACUGUCAUAGGAAUACAGAUGUAG